AUGGAUGAUGUCUUUGGCGUCACUGGCCAGGAAAAGGAUGCCGAGGAAUACACAACCCAGAUGAAGGAAAUCAAGGGCAGUAAGAGUCAGGAUUCCAUGGAGCUCAUUGCGAAAACCGCCUCCGUGGCCCAUCUCGUUGAUCUGAUACGGCCCAUCCAAGCCCUCCUGCUUCAAAAGGUUGAUCUGCGCAUCGUGCGCAAGAUUGACUCGCUUCUGUCAAGAAUCACAAGUGGUCUCCUCCAUAACCCAGCCGCAGAAAGCCGAGAUACCUUGGUAUUCUGCUACGAGGUGGUCCAGGAGGUGUACAAGGCGGAAAAGGCCGUCCAGACCCCCAAGAUGGACCCGAGGGUAAAGAGGUACCUCAUUCAGAAGCAAGCGAAGAAGAGCGGCGAGCGCUCCAUUACGAACAAGCACACGUAUAAACUUGUGCGCUUUGCCUUUGACAUUCUCCGUGCGGUAUGGAAAAAGCACGACAGUCUCCGCAACGCGGCCAACAUCACGGGAUUCAUCCCGAUUUUGGGCGACGCUGUCAUGGACGGCGAGGCGGAGGUGAAGACUUCGACUUUCAAACUGCUCAACGUCAUCGUCAAGGUUCCCUUUGUGAAUUCCGAUACGAGCGGCCUAUACAAGGUCGCGGUAAAGGAGGCCACAAAGGCCAUUGGGACGUCUUCCUCGACCACCUCGGAACUCUCCCAAGCAGCCCUAAAGCUUAUUUCCAUUGUUCUCCGAGAGAGAAAGGACGUGGUUGUGAAGGAUGCGGCCGUGGAUAUGUUGGUGCAGAAGCUCAAGGACGACCUGACAGAUCCCCAAUACCGGUCCGUCACUUUCAGCUUCCUUCGGUGUGUCCUAGACCGGAAGAUUGAGACGGCCUCUGUCUAUGAUAUCCUCGACUACGUUGGCACUAUCAUGAUUACCAACGACGACAAGGAAACGAGAGACCUCGCCAGAGGUGCCUUUUUCCAGUUCCUUCGUGAUUAUCCUCAAAAGAAGGCCCGGUGGGCGAAGCAAGUCAACUUUAUCAUUGCCAAUCUCAAGUACGAUCGGGAGGGAGGACGUCUCUCCGUGAUGGAAGUUAUUCACCUCCUCCUUCUCAAAUCCGCCGACGAUUUUGUUCAAGAGAUUGUCUCCACCUGCUUCCUACCCCUCGUCUUUGUUGUGGCCAACGAUGACAGCGAAAAAUGCCGGCAAGCCGGCGGAGAAUUGAUCAAGCAAAUCUUCAAGAAGGCCGAUAAAGAGCAGACGCAAAAGUUCCUCACGCUUUUGCGUUCGUGGCUUGCAAACGAAGAUAAUCUGGCGGUGUCUAUGCUUGCCCUCCAGACUUUUGGUUUUUACUUUGAUGCGAGCGAGCGAGCCACUAAGAACGAAAAAGACCUACGGUUGCUUCUUGAUCGCAUCGAGGGCCUUCUCAGCACCGAAAACGCGAACAAGGACACCGAUGGUGAAACUACCAACACGACAAUUGAUGCCCUUCGCAUCGUCACGAACAAGUUUCCGAGCACGCUCUUCCAUCCCGAUUGCCACGGACUCUGGCGGCUUAUCCGGCAGUGCAUGGUCCAUCGCAACAAUUCGGUCAGGCUUAACUCUGUCCGGCUGAUGGCGACUUAUCUCCUCCAUUUCGCAGCUGGUAGUCGAGAGACUGAGAGUGGCACGAUUCUUGUUGGCGAGCAUGGCGCAGAGCUUCAGAGUUCGGAUAUCGAAGACAUUGCCGGAUUGGCCAUUAGAAUCCUAAGCACGCCCAUCAUCCCAGAAGAGCUUGCCACCGAAGCAGGACAGAUUCUCAUCUUCCUCGGACCCCGCCUACCGCAAAACGUGGAGGAUCCAGCGGCCUCGGGCUCCGACGACGAAAAUGAAGAAGAUGGGGAUGAAGGAGAACAAGGGGGAGAAGAGGACGGCGACAACGAUGAUGACGAUGACCCCUCAGCAGAACCCGAAGGCGAGGAUGAGGGAGAGGACGGCAAAACUUCUACCAGACGCAGGAAAGACCUGCACUUCCUCUUCUGGAAGCUCUCGUACAUUCUGAGGAAGCAAGGCGCGGCCAAGUCUGAGGGAGUGAACGGCAAAGUCACGGCUAUGGAAGUGAUGGAGACGCUAUGUCGCCGCCUCGGCGUGGACCGGGUCCGAGGCUCCAUCAAGACCAUUCUCGUGCCACUCCACCACUUGACGGACAAGUUCAUCCCGACGCCGUCAUCCACUGACGAGCAGUUCAAGACCAAGUACGAAGGCUUAAAGGUGCGCGCGCAGAUCCUCAUGGAUUCGCUCCAAAAGAAGCUAGGCACGGCCGAAUACAGCAGGUAUCUCUUGGAGAUUCGAGAAGGAGUGCGAAAGAAGCGAGAGCAGCGAUCGGCGAAGCGCAAGAUCGGAGCGGUGGCGUAUCCGGAGAGGUUCGGGCGCGAGAAGCGCAAGAAGUUUGAGAAGAAGAAGGAGCGGAGAAAGGUUAGGGGCCGGGAGCACAAGUCCCAGAGACAGGCGUUCAAGGGCUGGUAG